GGGUGGUGGGAGGAGGGAAAGCGGCGAGUAAGAUGGAAGAUGAGGAGGUCGCUGAGAACUGGGAGGAGGCGGCAGACAGCGGGGAAAUAGACAGACGGUUGGAAAAAAAACUGAAGAUCACACAAAAGGAGAGGAAAUCCAAAUCUCCUCCCAAAGUGCCCAUUGUGAUUCAGGACGAUAGCCUUCCCACGGGGCCCCCUCCGCAGAUCCGCAUCCUCAAGAGGCCCACCAGCAACGGUGUGGUCAGCAGCCCCAACUCCACCAGCAAGCCGGCCCUUCCUGUCAAGUCCCUAGCGCAGCGGGAGGCAGAGUACGCGGAGGCCCGGAAGCGGAUCCUGGGCAGCGCCAGUCCCGAGGAGGAGCAAGAGAAACCCAUCCUCGACAGGCCUUCCUCUGAUUUUCUUCCCUCCAGGCCAACCAGGAUCUCCCAACCUGAAGACAGCAGGCAGCCCAAUAAUGUGAUCAGACAGCCUUUGGGUCCUGAUGGGUCACAAGGCUUCAAGCAGCGCAGAUAAACGCAUGCAAGAAAGGAUGCCGCCACCGCCGCCACCUCCUGGGUCGUCCUCCACGGGUCGCACUGCCGUGGCAGACAGCUGGACUUGAGCAGAGGGAACGACCUGAUUAACUUGCACUGUGAUCCCCUUUGCUCCGCCCACUGUGACCUUGAACCCCAUGCACUGUGACCUCCCCCUUCCCCCCCUUCCCACUGUGAUUGGCACGUCUUUAAGGGCUGUCCCAAGUCAAUGGAAAGGGAAAGGGUGGGGGUUUAGGGGAGGGUUGGAGGGACCCACCCAGGACUCAUAGAGUCAGACAGUGCCACUUGGCCACUUGGGGUAAAGCCAGUGCCAGCAAUAACAGUUUAUCAUGCUCAUUAAUUUGGGAUUUUGAAACACAAAUGAGAACUCCUGUUCACCCACCCUCCAAGUGCAUGUCUUCAUCACUUAAAAGCAAGUUCCAUUGGAAAAUAUCCUUUUUUUCCCCCCUAUUUUUGUUGGUUUAUACAGAUAUCUGAUUUCAAGAAAAAGUGCAUGGAGGGCUUUAGCAGUUUAAUGAAUUUUUAAUUGAGAAAGGAUAGUUUGAUAGUCCACUUAAAAAUGUUUCUGGGAAACUCACUAGAAACAUUAACCAAUAGAAUUUUGGUGAGCUUAGCUUCUGUAUUCCUACUGCUGCCCAGAAAAGGGGCAGGGCUCUGCAGCUCCCAGGACAGAUGAACACCCCAUGCCUAUACCUCCCUCCCCCAGCUAAGUCCCAGGGCAUCUUGGCCCCCAUCUGGACUGUGCUAACUCUAGGCUCAAAGAGCCUGGGGAGGGUGCCAACCCCACCUCUAGUAUUUUGGGAGAUGGGGAAAGUGAACAGACUUCCCCUUCCCACACCCCUCAGGAUGGUUCCCUACCAGCCAGGCUUGCUACUUCUAGAAGAGGGCAGAGACAGAUGGUACCCCUGGGCUUAGAAGUAAGGGAUGUGAGACUUGCUCAGUAUUUUGCUGUUAGCACAAGGAAAGCCAGAAGAGAGUCUGGCUCCAGGACUCUGGCCUCCUGCCGACUGUGGUCAGGAGAUGGCUAGAUCUUCCCGUUCCAGCAAGGCUUGGGUUCUCAAGUUAAGGGUCUGUGGAGCACAUCUCUGUAGAUGGCAGCAGCUCAGUAACUACACCUGCUACAUUUCCUUUGUGAAAUCACUACCUUUGAAACAGACCGUUCUGAGUACAUUUGGGAAAAGCCAAGUUGCGCAUUGCAAAGAUUGAUGGUGACAGACUGGUCCCCCAUAGACCUAAGCUACCCUCUACCCUUUUUCCCAGAGUGAGGGCCUGGAAUGAAGGCAGUUUCCUCUCUGUCCCUGGAGCCUAGAGAUUUGCUCUGGCUCCUAGAGGUGGAAUAACUAAGAACAGCUCUCUGUGUGGACAGUCUGGCUCCUCUCUCACUUUCUUGUCUCUUCUGUUGCACUGUGCCAGCCAGCCUGCCUCCUCAGAGGAUGAGUUUUGGAGUGAUUGGUGUCUUGUUUUGUGACAAGAGCAGCUUGUGGUGGCCAAGGUGGCAAGCUAGGUUUUGCGUGUGCACUGUCUGGGAAUGUAGGCCAGGCCUAGCAAACCGUGUCCCACUACCUCUUCCCCUUACAAGGAAGGGCCAGCUGCCAGUGAAUCAGCAAUUAGUCCGUAGCACACACAGGCUUAACAACUGUGUGAAGCCAGGAAAUUGUCCUGAGCAGAGCUGGAACAGAGCUUCAGUAAGAACUCAGAGGGUGAGUUGUGCCAUAGGCCCCUCUGAGGGGGAAUUUCCUCCAGAAGUGGGCGAGGGAGAAGGUUGGCUGCUGCCUGGAUAGUUCCACCUCCCUGACCAAGUUUCCUCAUUCUAGAUGUAUAGUGCCCAUCCCUAAGGUAAUAGUGGUUUCUGGCCCCAGGUGAGGCUGUCUUUUGAGUUGGAGAAGAGUGCAAAGGUAGGCCAGGUGGGAAGGCUACAAGUGCUCAUUGCUCAUACCUGGGGACCACCUGGUCUUGCCUCCACUCCCCCCGAGAGAGCCAGAGGGCAGGCUGGCUGGUGGGUGUCUGGAUUGAGGAUGCAGUAGGAGCUGGUGUUCCCACCUCCCACCAGCCAAAGAUGGGCUCUGCCCUCUGUGUGCCUGUCACCACCCACCAGCAACUGUACACUUGGCCUCCCAGAUGGAGAUGUGGCAGGCAAAUUGUAAAAGAAAGAAAGAAAGAAAUGAAGACAGGCAACUGUUGCGUUGGGGGGAGGCGGGAGGGGAGAUGGGAGAACGGUUUGGAUUUUGUGUGUGUGUUUGUUUUCUGUUUUUUUUUUUUAGUAGUUGUCUGUAACUUUCCUUAAGUGCUUUUAAUUUUUUUUUUAAUUUUUUUUUUUUUUUUAAGUAAGCUGCAGGCUUUGGCUUGGAAAACCCCCAGGGGGGUGGGGGGGGGCAGAAACCUGAGGCUGCUGCCCCUUUAUCUGCCUUCAUGGUACUGUCCCCUUCCCCCAGCUCCUCCCUGACCCCGUAAGCCAGGCCUCAGACCUUCCAGCUAACCGCUUCCCAUGAGCCACUACUCUGAUGUCAGCCUAUAACCAAAGGAGCUGAGGGUCAGGGCCUGGUGACCAACCCUUCUCAGCCCACUCAGGGUGCUCCCCACCUGCUGGCAGGAGGCAACACCCUAUCUGCUACCAUCAGCCCCUUCCAGAGCCCACUGCCCCAUCCUGCCCCGCCCUGUCCAGCCCAGCUGUACCCUGCUCUGCCCUGUCUGGGGAUGCUCUGCUCAGGGAUGGGCCGCCAGGGCUGCCCCCAUCCUCCCUGGUAAGCAGAGGCUCUGGAAACCUCUGGGGCCUGUUUUCUGGUAAUGUGAUCCCUGGGGUACACUUGGUCCCCUUGGGUGUCUGAACAGAAGGGUUUGGGAGGGAGGGCCGCACCCCUGCAGUGUGCUCUGCUGGUCUAGCGGGCAGCUGCCUACCCCACCCCACCCUGCACCGCGGGCUCCUGAGUCGGCAGAUUAAGCAUUUUAUAAAUUGUAUUUUAAAUACAUGUUUUAAACUUGUCA